AUGACAAGUAAUAAUGUUGGAAAAAUAGGAAACUUUGGUAAUAUUGUUUAUGAUUCUGAUAAUGAUACGCCUAAUUUAAAGAGACGAAUAGGUGUUAGUGCAACUGAAGUUGAACUUCUAGAUGAUAUACCACCUGCAUUAGGAUCAGGUAUAACAAGUUCUGAAAAUAAUGUAUCUGAUAAAAAACGAAUAUUUGAAUCACAAAUACCAUCAUCAGUAAUAAAUAAAGAAAAUCAAUCAAAUAAUUAUCAAACAUUAUCUUUUAAUAAAGAACAACCAAAAUCAAAUAUUGCUUAUCAAGAUAAUAAUGAUCAACAACUUAAUCUUGCAGUUGAUAAACUUUUAGAAAAAUAUGCACCAGAUGCUCUUCCACAAAAUGUAAUAAAUACGUCUACUAGUCGUCAACAACCUUCGCAAGUCAAUGUAGUAACUGCGCGUGAUGAUCCAUCAUUUUCUACAUUUCAAACAAAUGCUCCAUCAUCAUCAACAACUGCAAAUAAUUAUUCAAGUGUAAUUCGACCAAACAAAGGACAAAUAUUUCAAACAAACACACAAACAAAUAAUAAUAAUAAUAAUAGUCAACCGUUCAUACGUUCACAUCCAGAAGUUAACUAUGAUAGUACUCAAUAUGCUAAUUCAUCACAAAAACCUCAACCAUCAGCAUCUAUUAAUUCUCGAAAUGGCAAUUUUCCUUCGGUUGUGCCUGGUAAAUUAUAUGCUUUAGUUGAUGAUCCACUACAUAUAUUUUACGACAGACAAUAUCCAACUUCUUCUAAAACAAAAUUACCAUCACAACAACAACAACAACCGUCUUUUCAAACUACAUUUCAACCUUCAAAUAAUUUUCAAACAACUCAAGAUCCUUCAGUAAGUGUAUUUACUAGUACAUCAAGAAGAAAUCCUCAACAACCAAUACCAACAACAAUCAAUAAGAAUUCAAAUGGUUUGGAAUCACUUAAUCUCGAAAACUUAAUAAAACGUGUUCAACAAGAUUAUUAUCAAGAAAUUAAACCAUAUGUAUCAAGUGUUCGAUUUGUUGAAAAAGAUCGUGAAUAUGGUCAAAGUUUAGCAGAUAUUGGUUUUAUAACACCGAUUAGUGUUCGAAGAGGUUUUACUAAACAAGCAGAUGAUAUUUUACGACGUAGUUUUGGUCGACAAGGUCAUCGACAACAACCUGUUAAUCUUCCUGAUUCUAAUGAUUAUUCUGAUGACGAAGGACAUGACGAUAUAGAUAAACUUCGUCGACCAAAUCGGAAUCGUCCAUUAGAAAAAUUUGAUUCUAAACAAUCAUUUACUUCUGUUACAUCAGUAUCAACAUAUAGUAGUGAUUAUGAUGAUCGAUAUUCAUUACCACAAGAUCGAAAUAAAAUAAAUGUUCGUGAUCAAUCAACAUCACCACCUCCAAAACUAGAUCAAACAAAAGCACAACAAGGAAUACAAAAUCUUCUUCCUGCUUCUACGAUUGCUCCAGUAAAACCAAUGACAAGAGAUGACACUGAUGAAGAAGUUGAAACACCAACAACCAGUCCUCGGAUAGCUAUAAAGCCUGCAAAGCGUAUUCCAUUAGAUCAAUAUUCAAUAAGUUCUGCUGAACAGACAACAUCCAUUGAUGAGGAAGACCCUAUAGCUAACUAUAACGAACAUGACAAUGCUACUAAUUCUCGAUCAAAUGUACCUGGAGCAGCUAAUAAUAUAAUUAAAAGUUCUCCUAUUGUAGAACCUAUCGAUAAAAAAACAGUAAAUCAAAUACAACAACGUAGUGAAGAUAUUCAUCCAGUACCACCAACAAUUCGUGGACCACAAACAAAUGUAACUUCACCAAAAGAUUCUCGAAUUCCAGUGAAAAGAAUUGAUAGUGACGGAAGUGAUAUAGAUCUAUCUGACACAGACGAAGCUACUGACACUGAUGAUGACAAUAAACCACCGGCACCUAAUAAUAAAUUACCAAGUCCAUCAAUAACUCGAUCAAAUGUUCAACCACCUUCAACUAAUACACCAAUUGUACGACCUCCAACUGCACCACAAACGAAUACUCGUGAUCCAACACCACAAACAAAUAUUCGUGGUCCAGCAUCACAAAUAAAUACUCGUGAUCCAGCACCACAAACAAAUACUCGUGGUCCAGCACCACAAACAAAUACUCGUGAUCCAGCACCACAAACAAAUACUCGUGGUCCAGCACCGCAAACAAAUACUCGUGAUCAAGCACCACAAACAAAUACUCGUGGUCCAGCACCACAAACAAAUACUCGUGGUCCAACAACACAAAAUGUACCACCUACUGCUACACAAACAAAUAUUGAUAAUAAUGCAAGACAAGCUGGUGGAUCAACAGUAAAUCCAACAAAUCAACGAAAUGCACCAAAUGAACGAACUACAGCUGCUGCUGGUUCUACAAGCACGGGUUCGACUCGUUUAUUUAAACCAGAGGCUAAUUCUAGGUCUGCAAGUAAAGGUUCAGUUAAAGAUGGUUCAUCUACACUUGGAAAUAAAUUCAAAUCAAUAUUUCGUCGAAAACAAUCUUGA